CGUGACGAGGAAACGUCUCCCUCUCCGCUCCGCUGGGCUCCUCCCUUCAGAGGACUGUUCCAUCACAGCAGAAGGGGGGGAAGCUUAUGGGCGGAACCGUUUCUUUUUCAACGACGAAAUUGAAGUAGAAAGGGGGGGGAGAGGAUAUUGUCUGCCUGAGCGGGCGCGCCACUCCCUCCGCUCUCUCGCGUCACGUGACGCCACGCUGGAGGCGGUUUGGACGGCGGUCGAAGCGUCGCUGUUUCUUUUCUUCCUCGUUGAGGCGAAGCCAUUGCCGCCAUGCGCUGCCGCUGGGCUCCCUUGGGCUGGGCGCUGCUGCUAGUCCUGGUGGUCCUCUCCUCCUCUUCGCUGGGGACGGAUACCGACGAGGAAGAUGCCUGUAACAAUCAUACCACCUGCAGUCUCUGCAUUAGUAGUGUUGACCCAUCUCAUGGGAACUGUUCAUGGUAUCAGUGCAAUGGAACUACGUCCUUCUGCAAAAAUUCAACAGAAGAUGUUGUCAACUGUACUGUUAUUACUUCUGAAAAUGGAACAUGUACGGAUACCCCUAGCAAUACUACCACAGUCAGUCCACCAGUCACAGCCAGCAUGCCUCCCACAGGUAAUGCAACACAUCCAGUAACCCAGCCUUCUAAUGCUACAGUAAUUCCCACUCGUGCUACAACUAUUUCAUCUACAACAGGUUCUCCCAAGCCAACUUCAAAACCAUCUUCUCACACAUCGACCUUUGAUGCUGCUAGUUUCAUUGGUGGCAUUGUCCUUGUGCUGGGUCUACAAGCAGUUAUCUUCUUUCUGUAUAAAUUUUGCAAGUCAAAAGAACAAAACUAUCAUACUCUCUAGGAUAUGUUGCUUUAAUGGACUUCUAAUAGGUGAAUAUUUGUGGUUAGCUGCACCAAAAGAUCUUUAUUCCGUAUAGAAGACAGUAAUUCAAAAUAUUAUUUUUCAAGGGUUUUUUUUAAAAGAGUAUAUAUCUGCAACAUGCUUGGAAGAAGGUUGUGUGAAUCAUGUCUCACUCUGCAAGAUUAUUUUGCAAUAUUUUGCAUGAAUCCUUAUUGUCUGUCUUUAAUUUCUUUAGCAGCUGCAACUGUGGGACCUUUUCCUUUACCUGACAUGCCAAAUGUAGACUUUAAUUCUUAAUGUGUUCAGUGCCAGCAGUAUAUUUAGUAGGUAAUUGUACAAUUGCAAUGUCUAAAUGAGUUAGUUUUAUAUGCAGUGUCCCUCAUAUAAUUAUUAAAUGUGAAUUGCCAGUGACUAUUUGUGUGAAAAUGAUGGCUUUACCAUGUUCUGCUAGAAGACUGGGAUAAGUUUGUAGAAUACUGUCAUUUUUCUUAGGAAUUAUGGAAGCCCGUAUUUUUCUAUACUAGGUGUCAGAAGGGUAAUUGUUUUCUAAUUCAAGUGUAAGCAGCCAUAGGAAGAAUGAUGAUCAGAGAAUACAAAUUCCUUGGUGAAUGAAGAAAGACCAGUGCCUUAUGAGUAGGUUGCAAAUUGCAGUGUUUGUGCCAUCUUAUUUGUUCAAGGGAUAAUGAAUGUCAUUCCAUUAGCAGCUAAUUACCUUUGAUAGACACAUGAAUAAGCAUAAUUCUUAUGUCAUCUUUAACUAAUUUUAGUAAAAUAGAAGUGGAAAGAAAAAAGAAAAAAGUACAGCCAGUCUUCAUAUAGUGUUUUUAAAGUUAUGUCUCUAGUUACUUGCCUUGGAACGUACAGCAACAGGCUUUAUAUGCAAGAGCACUAGUUUGUCAUUUAUGGAUAUUUCAAAGCCACUGCAAUUGUGCAUGGUUAUGUGAAUGAUAUUCUGUCCUCUUCUAGCAACCUAUAGUUUCUCAUUGUUAGUUUCAUGAAGCAUUGAUUGUAAUCAUUAUAAAACUGAACUGACUGAGUAUUUGGGGUUAUUUUAGCUUUUGAUUGUCUAUAGGUUUGCUGGUGUUUAUUUUGCAAGCUGUAUAGCACAUGCAGUUUAAAUGCUAGGAAUUUAGCUUAAUAGGUUUAAGUGUUAUUCCUGGAUGAGCUCCAGGAAAACUCAUGGAGGAAAUGCAAUACUUGAUAUUAAGCUGAUAGUGGUUUAUGGCUUCCUGUGAAAAUUUUAAGUGCAUUUUAUCUUCCAGUUUUUCUAGCCCUUCUAGCUUGAAUAGAAUUCACUUAAGUAAUGUUAUUAUAGGAAGUUUGUUUGUAAUAUUUAGCAGAUAGUACUGUAACCUGAAAGAACUUUCAGGCAACUUCACUCCUAAAAAAGACAAUAAGCUCAGGUGUAUGAAACAGUAAAUUGACCACCCAAUUUUCAGCAAGCAGCAUGGCUGAAGUAGGUGGCAUAAUAGCCUUAAAAUAUUAAUUUCCCCAUCUCUUGUAGUUUCAUAAAUUGAAGAUAAGUAUUGGAAUAUAUUCUAAGAACCAAACAUAAAGUAAUAUGCUUAUGCUCAUUUAAAAUAUGCGCUUUUUACUCAGCCUUUGAGAAAUGUAUGCUUAGUGUGACUUAAAAGCUAUUUAGUUUUCUUUUCUUACCAAUUUUUGAAUGGCUGAUAAUAGUUUGUCUUGUAAAAUUGUAGCUAAGGUUUCUAAAAUGUAACAGGGCUAUACAAUUCACAAAUUUAAAUUUGAGCCAAUUUUGUUACUGAGCCAAAAGCAGCUGUUCAAAACACCACUAAAUUGACAUGUAUUCUGUGCUAAGCGUUAUGUAUCCUCUUUCAAGUGCCUUAAAUUUUCUUGUUGGCCUCAUUCCUGUCAAGGAAGUAUAGGGAAGGGAAGGAAUCACUCAAUUUGCCCCUUGGUGCCAACAAUUGCUAUUUUCCAAGAAAUUUAGGAAAUUCAGGUGUCACUGCUACUCUUCAGGAAGUCUGCAUUUUCUACUUUGUUAACAUACACCUACGUGUUUAGGACAUUUUUGUUUCCAUGUAAUGGCAUAAAGAUUUGAGUUUUUAGAGCAAGCUGUAUCAACCACGUACCAAACUCUGGCUUAAGACUGUGAGGGGAUUCCCUCUUAAAUACCUGCUUUUCCUUAUCUUCUAUAAAUCGGUAGGUGAAAGCUAUUUGGAUCUCAAUACUAUUAGGCUGGCAUUAGCUACAGUAAUAGAUUUUCAUCACUACUUUCUGCUGUUUGAAAUUUAGAAUAAUAAGGCUUUUAAAAAUGUCCCUGUGUGGAAUAGCUGAUUAUGAGGCCUCUACUUUUAAGGCAGUAAAUAAAUUGUGAUUUUUCACUCCUAAGCAGAAUUGUCCCUAAAAUCCCCCAUGUACAAGUGUGUUGCAUUUGGAAUGGAAUGUUACAGAGAUUACUAUGUUGCAUAUGUGUUGUCUUCAUUGGAAGAAAUGCAAAUUAUUAUUCACAGAACCAAAAUUAAUAAAUUGCUUAUGAAUAUG